AUGGACCCAGUAAUCCUUAUGCUAGCGGGUGGUCUACUCGUCUUGCUCCCUUUCACAGCGAUCGCGGUUUCUCGGUGCGCAAGGAGGCUCUACCAUCUAUGGCGUGAAUUUAGAACCACCCAGUUUAUAUGGCAAAACGAAUACCAUUCAUUCGAAGAGUUACAUUCUCUAUACGACCGCGGCGACAUUAUGCUCUCUGCGGUUCUCAUCGCCUCGUCCCUUCAACUAUCUCACCACGGCAUGUCGAAAGCGAUUGAGGCCCACAGUACCUACAAGUCAGACCCCUGGCGUCGCCUAACUCGGACGUUGGCUUUUAUAUAUAUUAUGGUUCGUUCCAACAAGGGCGCUGAACGGCAGCAAGUUGUCCGGUGGCUGCAAAACAUACACCGCAACAUUCCACUCUUUGAAUUUGAGACGAAUGUCUUUGUCUUUGCUACUUUUGCGUGUGAUGGCCAUGGCAAACAAGCUAGAUCCAAAAGAUUAUGGGAAAGGGGUGCCGAAUACGAUGGCGGAGAUUCAGAACUAUCUGCGAAACCGGCUCCCCCUCGACAGCAAUGUACCACUGGAGAAACUUCUGGAGAGCAUUAA